GCGGCAUCACACUCCAUCCCAGCAGGUGGCGGAAAUGCACCUUAAGCUGGUUUGCCAUCCGCCAUUAAACACAGACGAAGAAGAAGAGAGUCCAGCUGACUGGAGUGCACCAUGGCAACAGAUUCAGCUCAAAACUUUAGCUAUCAGCCUUUCAGAAAGAUUAGAUGCACAACUCUCCUGUUGCUGAUGGUUUGUUGUACAUCAGGAGUAACUGGAAACCAGAUCAUCCAAGAGGAUCAUUUAGGCAAGCAUAACCAUGAACACAAUGCAAAUGUGUUCCUUGGCUCUAAGGACAAAGAUGAAAUACAAAAACUCAGCCCAUCUGAGCAGCGAAAGCGACUGGUAGAGAUAGUGAAGAAGAUUGACACCAACUCUGAUAAAUACCUUACUCCAGAGGAAAUCACAUUAUGGAUACAGAGGGUGUACAGGAGAUAUGCACUGGAGGAUGCUGAGGAACGCUUCCCUGAGUUUGACUCCAACAAUGAUGGUCUGGUAUCUUGGGACGAAUACAAUAUGGUCUUGCAUGGUCAUACUGUGGAAGUUGAUGUAGAUGUUGUGCUUGAUGACCCCGAGGACGAGUCUCUCAGAUUUCUCCAUGCAAAGGAAAAAAGACGUUUUGACUUUGCCGAUAUGGAUGGCUCAGCUGGCCUGAACUUAACUGAGUUCCUUGCAUUUACUCAUCCGUCUGAGGUGGAUCACAUGGCUGAUUUUGCCAUUGAAGACGUGCUUUCUGAAUAUGACUUGGAUAAAGAUGGAUUCAUCAGCUUGAGUGAAUUCAUUGGAGAUCUCAGAGCAAAUGAGCAGGAAGAGCCCUCGCAGUGGGAGGUUGAGGAAACUGUGCGUUUUAAAGAUCUCUAUGACCAGGAUAAGGAUGGUAAACUCAACAGAGAUGAACAGCUCCGCUGGGUCGCUCCCAACACCUAUGGCUCAGCACGAGAAGAAGCUAUACAUCUGAUCAAGGAAAUGGACCAAGAUGGUGACGGAAGGCUCUCGGAGACGGAGAUUUUAAAAAACCAAGACACUUUCAUGAACAGUGAAGUGACCGAUUACGGCAGACAGCUUCAUGUGCCACAUGAUGAAUUGUAAUAGUUGAAAACUGUUAUAAAUUGUUCUUUUUUUUUUACAAAUUAAUUUUUAUUAGAUGACAUGUAAUUGGUACACUAAUAUCACACAGCCCAUGCAUCUUGAUUUGCAAAUACAGAUUACCAUAAAAAUAAUGUAAUGAUGCAGAGUUCAAAAAUAUCAAUAAAAUGUUACAUCAUGUACAGCCCCCCCCCCACCCACAAGGAAGCAAAGGCAUAUAUUCAGUUUUAAUGCACAUAUGGAAAUAACAUAAGUAGUCAAAUCUUGUUUUGACAAUAAAGUAAUCAAAAUGUAUAAUUUAACUUACAGUCUGCAAAGGAGUGGAAAAAUGUGUUCAAAUACUCAAAAACAAAAUUUCAUAAUACAAGCUUAUAGAUAAAUAAGCUUUUUUCCAUAAAAUCUGUUUGGAUGUGGUAAAACUCAAAAACUGGCCAUAACUGUAUCUUUGAAAUAACAAUUAGGCGUAAAAAUACCUUCAUACAUGUAAAAAAUCGGCUGAGAACUGAACAAACGGUAGUAACCUGGCUCAGAGGAAGAUAGGAUUCAUGUUUAAUGGCAGUUUUUCUUGUGAUUAAAGGAUAACACAAGACUACUUCACCUUGUCAAAUUUCACAAAUGGUUGUUGAAAGCAAAAAUGCUAUGUAAAGCAUAUAUUUUAUGAGGAAGUGUGACAUGCUAGAGCAAAACAGGCGCAAUUUUUUAAAUCAGCAUCCCAAAAUUAGUAAGAAACAAGUAGGUUUGGGUUUCAUUCAGCAAAUAUAAUUCAGUGAAAUAGACUUGAGCUAUUGUGACAUUGCCUUUUGUCUGAACUAAGCUGUAUAAGACGCACUUUUCUUUUGCUCCUCUAUAUAAAAUCAGUAGUUAUCACUUUCAA